ACAUAAAUUACUUGUUUAUUCAUCAAUAUUGAUUUUGUCACCUUCAAAAUAGGCCCCAUCGGAUGCAAUACACAUGUGCCAACGCUUAAGGGGGCAUAUACGUUUGUCGGUUUCAAAAAGCGAUUUUUUUUCUUUCCAUUUUUCGACAGUUUGAACCUUCAAGAAUGUUGUCCUAAAACCAUUUUUUGAAAUUCGAAUAAGUAAAAAAGUUACGAGUUUUGUCGGGCAGUGCACAGGCGUGCGCCUGCCGUUUCUGAAGCGGCGCGCAGGUAGAAGGGUCGGACCCUCAUGCAACGGUUUCUUUUGUCCUCUUUACAAUAAAACUUACUUUUGAGAUUGAAGUAUAGGUAUUUUCUAAUAGAUGAUGAUGCUGUAAGCAGUGCUCUAAGCUAUUUUCAAGCCGAUUAUUCAUUUAGUUGGCGUCGGUUGCGUGAUACGGACGAUUCUCGUUGUUUGUGGAGUACGUGUCACGAUGAAAUAGGUGUAAAAGCUCUCGAGAGUCAUAGGAAGUGAACAAAUUUCGAAACAGUUUUACGCGCAAGCGAAAAAUGCCGCCCAAUAGGUGGCAAGCGGUGUAUCCAAGCGGACGUCCGAGCACGCGACGCGGGAGGCCCGAAUAAGCAGUCGCCUCGCUAAAAACCAACAAAUGGAGGCAAACCUUGUACAGGAGGAUUCCCUGUAUGGCCCAGGAAUUGACGAUGACGUGUAAGUUGAAUAAAUUUAGUUUUAUAAUAGAGUAAACUUGUUCCAAAACUUUAAACGCGUUUUUCUCAAAACCAUGUUUUUAAAGUCGGUUACAAUGAUAACUUGAAGACGGAUUAACCGAUCUGCCUUUUUUUUAUUGAAAGCUUAUAAAAAUCGCUUGUCGUUGUCGUAUCCGAUUUUAAAAAUUCCAAUUCUUUCUAUUUUUUUUUUAAACAAACAAAACUGAAAUUUUGUGCCGAAAAUCGGCAUUCUAACUUUAAAGGUCCGCCAUUUUGUUGAAAAUUUGAAUUUUAAAAAUCGGAUACGACAACGACAAGGAAAUUUACUCUUCUUUAAGAUGCCGUUUGAAUUUUGUGUUUCAGAUGAACGGGCACGGAGAUAUUAUUGUAACCGCGUGUUACGAUUCUCAUCAAUAGAGAAAGAUAUUCUGGGGGACGCGCCGGUAGGGUUGUCAACAACUGCUGAGACUCUGCUAGUGAGUUGAGAUGUUUAUUUUUGGGCCAAGGAUUUUCCAGUAGUAUAAGUAACGGUCGGCGUAUAGUAUUCUGGAUGGUGGCUUGAAGACUAUCCGGACGUUUCAGGAAGGACUGGGAGUUGUGACUAGCGCUCUUGCGAUUCUUAGAUUCGGGUGAUAGGGCCGGAAAAGUUUGACCAGCCUUUACCGUUGAUUCGGGAACAAGGGAAUGUGGUUCUGAGGUACUUCGUGCACUGGGAAUUGAUGAAGCUGUUAGAGAAGUUUGCUUCUGGGCAUGUAAAGCCCCCACCUUUUCAGGCAAUAUCCCGUAUUUGUGAGAUGGGCAAGUUAAGCCCCCACCUUUGCAGGCACCUGUACUGUAUGGGCGAGUAAAGCCCCCCACGCCUUUGCAGGCAAUACCAAACGUGUAAUUGUAGGCACUAAAAGCCCCCACCUUUGCAGGCUGACCAGAGAAUAGCAGUAUGGGCAAGUAAAGCCCCCACCUUUACAGGCACCAUGUAAUGCUCGAGCUCGUAAAGCUCCCCGCGUCUUUCCAGCCGAAUGUAAUGGGUGGGCGAGUAUAGCCCCGCGUCUUUGUAAAUCAACCCAGUGAAAAUUACCAACGUGAAUCGCUGAUUAACCUCAGAAUAAGGUGAACAUACGCCAGUAACAAACCAUUAACCAAUGCGGCAAAUCAUUAAUAAAAUAAUUCAAGAUCGGUCAUAAACCAAUGCCAUAUAGAAAUACAAACAAAUGUGAAAUAUGCCAAAAGAUAAACCAUUGAAAUGUUGUUCCGUACUUUUUUAUAUAUCGCUUUUUUUUUAUUAUGAUUUCGUUUGGGUAUUUCGCGGCGUCGUACGUCACUGGGCUAUUGUCGCCGUUUCGUUGUUUUUCCCGAGUCGCGCGACGCGAUCGCGAGCUCGUAGAAUCAGAACGAGUCCGUACGGGCAUGCGAACAGAAGCAGAAGCAGCCCAAGUAUAUUUCUAUAUAGUGCGAUUAGUGGACUGUAAAAAGUAAAAUCGUUUGUGCUCUAAAUAUAAUAAGUAAAACGAAGCUCAAAAUAUUUUCUCGCCCCACCUGGAAAUACGUGGAGACGAGGGCGUCAUUACAGACGCGGCGGAUCGACACGACACAGGGUCGUGGCUCGAUUGCAUCGAAAGGUGCGACACCGCGCACGAGGCACGGAAGCUUCACAAAACAUAUUGGUCCUUCGAGCCGGAUCUAGUCCGGGAAACACAUUAAGACACUCGAGGCAAACGAUUUGGCGCACAAUCAACGGCUCGUUCUGCAAAAGACAUUCGCAUAGUAACGGCAUAGCAACGGCUGUUGCGAAGCAUCGCAACCAGCUAUGAUUUACGCAUUACGACCGGCAUAGGGCUGAUCACCAUUUGUCAAUCCAGAGGUACCACGGGGGUGCCGCAACAAGGCGAUAUCAGGCGAUAUCGAGAGUCAACGACAGUGGUUUCUGCGACGCAAUGCAGCAAGCCACAGUUCACGCAUCACGGCCGGCACGAGGUUGGUUACGUGUUAUCAACAAUCCAAGGGUGCCACAAGGGCGCAGCAACAAGGCGAUAUCGAGUUUCAGACGCCACACCAGGAGGUUAUCAUCAGCGAGCGAGUCCGCGCAGUGCAGCGGGGCGGCUUCCAGGAACUUCCAACGGUCACAUCGAUACACGGCGGCGAUCAACGAGAAUCGCGCUUUCAUCACAACACGAGGUCAGGUAAACUGAAUACGCUUGUGCCAAUCAUUAUUGUUGUAUUGUAAUUUACGCAUUUUGGUGAGCAUGUCUCAAGAUCGCGAUUCGCAACCGUCCGAGGCGGGAAAUUUUUCCGCGCUUAAGAAAAAGCGAGCUACAAUAAAGGGUUCGUGUACACGUAUACAAACGUUCAUGAAUAAUAUUAGUCAGAUUACAUCAGAUGUGAUAGCACAUAUUGAAGAACGCAAGGAGCGGUUAGAUGCAUAUUGGUGCGAUUACGAUAAUGUACAAACGGAAAUCGAGACUUUAGAUGAUAAAGAAGUGGAAGAUAGAAUUGCGUUUGAAGAUGCGUUUUAUUUAUUGCGCGCGCAAAUGCGGCGUUCGUUGGCGAACACAUCCGGAAGGUACACAUCAAGCAGUGUGUCACAUACCACGGCAUCUCAAUCAGAAUCUAAAGUAGAUUCAUCCGCGAGUGUUCGAUUACCAAAGAUAAGCUUACCUUCUUUUUCGGGUAAAUAUGAGGAAUGGUUACCGUUCCACGAUAUGUUUAUUGCUAUUGUACACGAUAAUAAGGUAUUAAAUAAUAUUCAGCGAUUUCAAUAUUUACGUGCGUCUUUGUCUGGUGAUGCGGCCAGUCUCAUUGCGGCUUUAGAAAUAUCGGACAGCAAUUACGCGGUUGCGUGGGAUAUUUUAAGACAGAGAUACGAUAAUAAGCGCGUUAUCAUUCAAACUCAUAUUAGAGGCAUCAUGGAUUUGCCCGCAAUGGUCAAAGAAAAUUCAAAGGAAUUAAGACAAAUUUCAGAUGGUGCAUGUAGACACAUACUUGCAUUAAAGGCAUUAAAAAGACCAGUUGAUUACUGGGACGAUUUGCUUGUUUACAUUCUUAGUUCAAAAUUAGAUUCCGUAACAGCAAAGGAAUGGCAAUCUUCAUUAAAAAACGGGGAGAUUCCCACUUUUAAGCAGUUUACAGAGUUUGUUUCGCAUCGCGGUCAAGUUUUGGAAACAACCACUAGAGUUAACACAGUUGUUAAUAAAGGGUACAAUACUCGUUAUCAUGCACAAGGUAAUGCUAAGCAACAAUUAUCACAUUUAGUUACUUACAAUGGUAAGUGUUCAUUUUGCAAUGAUGAACAUGCUGUUUAUUCGUGCAAGGAAUUUUUGGCAUUACCUAUUGCUCGGCGUGUAGCCGAAAUACGUAAAAAGGGUUUAUGUCUCAAUUGUUUGCGUUCCACAGGACACAUUGCGGCAAAUUGUAAUGCCGGAGCUUGUAAAAUAUGUCGAUCAAGGCACAAUACAUUAUUACAUCGUCAAGACAAAAACGAGGAUAAGCCAAAGGAGGAAUCAAAGAAUUCCUCGUCACCCAAGGAAGCAACCGAAAUGUCAAGUCAAGGACAAUCUUCGAUUGCAGCACAUAGUUCUCUCGCAUGUAAUCAGGUAUUGCUGUCUACCGCAGUGGUAUACAUAAUUGACAAGGGAGGAGCACGUCAGUCGUGUCGCGCUCUUCUUGACUGCGGUUCACAGGCAAAUUUUGUUACACGUAAGUUUUUUGAAUCAUUAGGAUUAAAGGCCCGAUCAAUAAAUGCUUGUGUGACCGGAAUUAACAAUGCAUCUACGAUGUUUAAUCAAAUUGUUGGUGUUACUCUUCAAUCACGAGUAAAUUCUUUUUCCACGAGUUUUGAAUGCAUAAUUACGGACCAGAUAACUGGAAAGAUUCCUCCGGUUUCCGUGAAACGUCAUUUGAUUGGAUUGCCAGGUAAUAUUGAACUUGCAGACCCGCAAUUCAAUUCAUCGGCGGAUGUUGAUUUGUUAAUAGGUGUAGAUUUGUUUUGGCAAUUGUUGUGUGUUGGUCAAUUCAAGGAGUUUAAGGGAAGUUUAACAUUACAAAAAACGCGUCUUGGUUGGAUCAUUGCUGGGCGUGUAUUUAAUUCGUUGGCUUUACCACAAAAAAUACGUUCGUUAACAGCGUUAAUAAGUAACACGGAAUUACAUGAUCAGUUGUGUAAGUUUUGGCAAUUAGAAGAGGUUUCUCGCGGUUUUGAAAAUCGUACGGUUGAAGAACGAGCUUGCGAAGCUCACUUCAAAAUUUAUACAUCAAUUAACGAACAAGGUCGUUACAUUGUAAAGUUACCGGUAAAGGAUGAUGUAUUACGAAAGAUCGGUGAUUCAAAGGAAAUCGCGUUGAAACGGUUUAUACAACUUGAAAGACGAUUUGAACGUGAUCCAGAGUUUAAAAAACAUUAUGUUAAUUUUAUAAAGGAAUACAUUAAUUUAGAUCAUAUGAGAAAGGUCUCGUCGGUUGAUGAGGAUAAUAGCACAUCAUUUUACUUGCCGCACCACGGGGUGUGGAAGCAAACCGAUCAGUUUGUAAAACUACGCGUGGUAUUUGACGCCUCGUGCAAAACCACUACGGGAGUAUCUUUGAACGAUGCUUUGAUGGUCGGACCGGUGAUACAGCAAGAAUUAUUUUUGAUUCUUUUGAGAUUUCGCACACAUGCAGUUGUAUUCACGGCGGAUAUAGUAAAAAUGUAUCGCCAAGUAUUGAUACAUGAAUCGCAAAGAAGUUUGCAACUUACAGAAUGCGUUCAAGAUUUAGCUGCGAAACAUGCAGCAGAAUUUCCGCAAGGUUCAGAGUGUGCGCUUCGAGAUUUUUAUGUCGAUGACUUACUUACUGGGGCAGAUUCGAUUGAUGAAGCUAAGCGUAUACGUGAUCAAAUUGAAGCAUUAUUGAGACGAGGUCAUUUUGAGUUGAGUAAAUGGCAUUCGAACCACGCAGAAUUAGCACCGGUUCAUAAGGGAGCCGUUGAUGAAACAGUAGUGUUACAUGGCGAUGACACGCCGAAGGUGUUGGGAGUGCAAUGGCAUCCGCCAACAGAUCAGUUUACGUUUAAAUGUAACGUUUCGUCCGAUGUUAGGCGUAUUACAAAGCGCACGGUAUUGUCCGACGCUUCAAAAUUAUUCGAUCCACUGGGGCUAUUAGGGCCGAUCAUAGUUGUAGCAAAGUUAAUUAUUCAAGACGCUUGGCAAUCCAAUAUAGAAUGGGACGAAUCCUUACCGCAAGAUCUCCAUGCGAGAUGGUUGAGUUUUCGACAACAAUUAUUUUAUAUUAGUGAAGUGAAAUUGCCUCGCCAAGUCAAAUAUAGUACAAGAGCAACCUACAUUCAAUUACAUGAUUCCACAAUUACAUUACAAUGGAUAUCUUCAUCUUCACGCAAGUGGCCAACCUUUAUCGCGAAUCGAGUCGACGAAGUUCAGCGACUCACUAAAGCACAUCAAUGGAGACACAUAUCUUCACACGAUAAUCCCGCUGAUAUCAUUUCUCGUGGAGCCACUCUUCACGACUUGAUGAACAAUCGUAUUUGGUGGAAUGGUCCUUCUUUUUUCGCUGUAGAAGAGCAUCAUUGGCCUCCGAGCAAUUUUUCAAGUACAUUAGACGCUCAUUCGGAACAGGAAUGUAAUGCGAACCUCACGUUUGAGGAAUUACAAACUGUAUUAUGCGAGAUCGAAGCGAUGUUGAAUUCGCGUCCGUUGACACCGCUUAGUACAGAUCCUAAUGAUUUACAUUGUAUUACUCCAGGGCAUUUUUUGAUUGGCACAGCGUUAAACAGUUUUCCAGUCCCUGACCUUGUAGAGGUUCCAGCCAAUCGACUGCUACGCUGGGAAAGAGUGGAGCAACUCCGACAGCAUUUUUGGAAGCGGUGGAGCUCGGAGUAUUUACAUACGCUCAUCGAAAGAUCGAAAUGGAAAAUCAACAAGGGAUCGCCGCUGAAGGUUGACCAAUUGUACUUAUUCAGCAGCCUAAUUUAG